ACAGCCAAUCGUGCGCGUGCUUUGGGCACAGCCACGAAAUGUGGCGCAUCCGCUAAGGAGGAGAUGCUGGACGCAUGAGCGCGCUGUCCGUCUCACACGCAGCGCGCAGCGUCAACAACGCUAAAUUUAGGCGCCAGGCAAACGUCGCGCAUCCCAUUUGGGCUAAUCAUAAGGUGGAUCUGAUGGAGUAAAAGAGCGGUAUGUGCGGCGGUACACACGUGCUGCCAUCAUUACCACCUAAGCCGCACUGCAUACCGGCCUCUGGUGACUACGCGGAGCAUAUCUAUCGAGCAGGAUCAGAAGAAUCUUUUGAAAUUCAAGUGCCGGUAGUCUUCCACGUAUCUUUACCUCUCGCCUGCAUUCCUUAGAUGGCUACCCACUUCUCGUUCCUAGACUUCCCAGCGCCAGUCCGCGAAAGAAUAUACGCACACCUACUUGCACCUCAUCCCGACGAAAACGAAACCACCAUAAACUACACGCUCAAAUGGAAUUGGCUGGAAAAUCCGAGCAACACCACAUUCGGCGGUGUUCCACAGAUCGACCUGUGCCGCUGUCCGCGCGAAAAGCCUCGGACCACGAACAUCAAAACGAAAGACCACAUGUACACGCGGUACAAAUGCCACGGACCUGAGGUGAAGUUUGCAAGCGGAUGGGAAGAUCUAUGGGUACCCUCACAGGCGUAUGCGAAUAGCGGGCAGAUCAACUUCCUUCGACCGGCGACACAGGAGGAGCUGAGCAGGCGGCCGAGUGGCAAUAUCUUGAGUACAAACAAGACAAUAUAUGAAGAAGCACUCCCUGUCUUGUACCGUGGACGCAACUUUCUCUUCGUCACUGGGCCUUGUCCGAGAGGGAGAUAUCAAGCAUACGCAACACAGAGGUUCUUCGCCGGACUCUCUCUGUUUGCGCGGGUACACAUCACGGGAUUCUCGCUGAAUAUCCUGCCUCACGAGGAAGACUGCCAGACUGAAGAUAUUACGAAAGCAUAUCGUGAUCUUGCGGAGUGGGUUCAGCAUAACUUGCCUUUGUUCCAGGUGCUCGGGCUCAAUUUGUGGCAUCCGCGCUUGACAAGUAUGGCGAAAGUCUUUGAGUGUCUACUGCAGAGAAAUGGUGUGAAGAUUGAGCUAGACCGAGGGCAAAACGAUGGGUGGGUGGAAGAGGUCGAGGAUGUGGAAGGCUUCAGGGCUUAUUUGUCGGCAGGAAGCCGCCAACUGGAUCAUGUUGAUGAGGCGCCACCCCAGGGAGAAGCAUCCAUGGAUGUUAUCCCAGGGGAAGAACGAAGGUUGAAUGUUUCGCGGCCACCACGGCGCAGCACAGGCAAAGUCUCGGACUGGGAAAGCUUUGACAAUAAUACGAAUGAGGACGAGGAAUGGUCAGAUACUUUGCUUUCACCUGCAAGCUCGAGGGAGGGCGGGGUGGUAGAUGGUUGGGAAGUUCUCUGAUCAUGCAAGGUAAGCGCAGCUCUGCGCUUCCAGUGAAGCGCUUGAGUGCGCUCGGUGCACCAAUUCACCUCAGCUACCCUUCUCCGCUUUCAGUUAUACAUUUCAAUUCUUG